AAUCUUCUAGGCCAACGAGCUAACUGCCUGACUGUCAGACAGCUAGUCUUAGUUUUACGAAACCAUUGUGUAAUGUAUUUAUCUGUCAUAUAGCUGCAAGAGCUACAGUACAUCUGGAACAAUGUAGCUAGCAGCCUCGAAGUAAUGUUAAUCCACGGAGCAUUUGUUCGUUUAUGAUGAGCUCCCUAUCAGUCCAACCACCGGCAUCAAGCUCAUCAUGCAGGACACUACCUGGAGAGGGAAAUCAGGUGCAACCCAAAGCACCUCUCCUGCAGAUUCUGCGUAUUGCCGGAGCCCAGGAGGAUGUUUUCACUCUAAAAGAAGUGAUGCAUUACUUGGGGCAGUACAUCAUGGGAAAGCAGCUAUAUGACAAACAGAGGCAGCACAUCGUCCACUGUCAGGAUGAUCCAUUGGGAGAGCUGCUGGAAGUGGACAGCUUCUCUGUAAAAAACCCAAGCCCUGUCUAUGAAAUGCUCAAGAAGUACCUGGUUGUGCUUGAUUGUGUUCACGCUGCAGAGAAUCUUUCUGUGGGCCGUGAGUGUGUAGAGGGCGGAGUGGAGGAUCGUGGUCAGGUGUGUGGGGGGGUGUCCAAAGCAGGGCUGGAGGCGGGCGGUGAUAGGCCCCUCCUUCUGCAGACCCCUUCCCAGAGACGACCUCGGGAGCCGGAUGAAGACUCUCUUGAAGGCCUGCCACGGUCAGUCUGCAAGCGGCCCAAGCUGGAUGUUACUCUGGAUGAAUGGGACCUCUCUGGCCUGCCUUGGUGGUUUCUGGGCAAUCUCCGUAGUAAUUACAGCCGCAGGAGCAAUGGCUCCACCGACAUCCACACAAACCAACUGUCUCCUGCACAGGAGGAGGACACGGCCAUUGUGUCAGACACCACUGACGACCUGUGGUUCCUGACUGAGGGUGAGAGUGAACAGGUGAGUGUGGAGAUGAAGGAGGCUGCGCUGGAAGAAGGUAGCGGAGGAGAAGGAGAAGCUCCACCUGAGGAAGAGGAAGGGAAAGACGAGAAGGCAGAUAGGGAGAUGCAGGAGGAGCCAGAUGAAGACUCCCAGUGUCUGAGUGAUGACACUGAUACAGAGAUCUCUACGCAGGAUGCAUGGCAGUGCACAGAGUGCAGGAAGUUUAACACUCCUCUUCAGAGGUACUGUGUUCGCUGCUGGGCUCUACGUAAGAACUGGUACAAAGAUGUCCCCCGACUUGCCCAUUCCCUCUCUGUCCCUGACAUCCCAGCAUGCAGCUCUCUCACUACCCAUGAUGAAGAAGAUGACAGCGAUACAGGUAUUGAUGUUCCAGAAUGCACCAGGACGGUUUCUGACCCGGUCAUCCUGCCUUCCCACUCAACAGCCGACCGACCCCUGCCCACUAUGGUUAUAGGGAAGGGCAAGGCUCCCCGGCCUUCUGGCUUGCCCAAGGAUGAGCAGCUCUCAGGAGGGGAGAGUCAGGAAAGUCUAGGGAUGGAGGUUGAGGUUAAGCCUGAAGCUUUGAUGGAGCCCUGCAAGCUGUGUCGAGUGCGACCACGGAAUGGAAAUAUAAUACAUGGACGUACAGCUCAUCUGCUAACAUGCUUCCCCUGUGCUAGAAGGCUGCACAAAUUCCACGCUCCAUGUCCUGGAUGUGGAAAGAUCAUUCAAAGAGUUAUUAAGAUAUUCAUCCUCUAAAAACACACAUUCACCUGCUGGGCUGUGGUUCUGGGGACCACAAGCAAAUGUAAACAUUUUCAGAUUCACUCAACUAUAUAGUGUACAAGCUACAUGCAUCCUCGUAAACAGUCUACCAGUAGACACCGACGACCUGCACCUCGCUCACCCUUCAAACCACACACACAAACACUGUAGCACUUGGUUGAGACUGCUCUUGGUUGCACAGUUUAUUUUGCGUUACACUGCCUCUAAAGUAUCAUUAGAUGCAACUAGUGCUGAAACGAUGACUUGACUAAUCAAUUAGUCGAUUCUCUCUGUUUAUGUCAUUAUAAAAUUAAUGGGGGUCCCCCCCUUCUUUUUUGUUGGGCUGCUUUGAUUUAGGGAGCAAUUUGAAGAUUUCACUUUGCUCCUUUCCAUUUGUCAUUAUUUUUUUUACACCUUGUAGACUAAAUUAUUAAGCAAAGCAUUCGUUGCAGUGCUAGAUGCAACCAUGGAUAUCUAAUGUGUAACAUGCCAAAUGUUUCUUUUUAGCACUGCAUUUUGUAAAACAGGUACAAGGGCAGAAGUAUUUAUUUAUUUGCUGAAGGGCAGCAUAAGACUUUAAAGUUGGAGACAUUGUGUAAUCUAAUUUCAUGAAGGCUUGUUUUUUAGGCAAAGUGGAUUUUCACAUUGCUCACUGUGGUGCUGUCUGUAAAGGUUGUUGCCACUUUUUGAAUGGUGCCAUACAGAAGACAUUAGUUCUGUUGCUUUUGUCUCCACUGUCACACUUAGUUUAGCAGCUAGAAAAAUGUUACAAAGCAACACAUGUACAGAAAACUAUGAAAACAUCUUUCAGCCUCUUCUAGACCUUUUUUGUUUCUUUACCCUUGUCAUUCCUUGUUUGUUUAGAGGCUGUUUUACAUUGUAAAGACAAGACUGAAGGAAGCGUAAGCUAUCAUUUCCUUUCUCAGAACUGUUUUCAUGUUUUUUUGAUUGUCAGCUACCAAACCAUCCUCACCUCUAAUUCAUUUUACUACAUUCACUUAACAUCAAUGAAUGCCCUCUAGAAGUGUGGUAACUUAACUCCUGUUGCUGUCAACAGCGUUACAACAUUUAGGAUCAACAUUAACCUGCCUGAAAUGUAUAGCUGAAGAAGUAUUUACUGUAGUUUUUCUUCUGGGGAUCAUUUUGGUGUUCAUGUAUAUCAAUAUUUCCAAUUUCAAAGCUAGUGAUGAUCGUUUUGCCUGCAGUAAGUUAUCUGGUGUUAAUAGUUGAUUCUGUUUUAUUUUUCUCUUAAAGAAGGGUAUUUUUCACCUCCUUUCCUGAACUUAAGAUAAAUUAACAAUGCAAUAUAUUUUGUAUUUAAUUUAUUUAUGAUUGCUCUAGUUGCUCAUAUGUGUGUCUUCAGUGAAUCAGAAAAAGGUAGAGCCAAAGGUGAUAUGACUGCACUUGUAAUUGAAAGGUAUCAAGAAAUUCUUCAGUGAAAGAGCCUGAGGUACCCUAUGUUUCCUCAGACAUGAAUGUGACUGUGCAGUACUUAUUGAGGGUUGAGGUAUAGAUUGAAGCGUUACACUGCCAUGUAAUGAGUUUGAAUUUUGAUUUUCUGUGUUUUUUGGAUAUAUUUCUUUUUCUGGUGGUUAUAUUUUAUUUGAUUGAAAAUGUGCCGGUGAGUUCUUUUGCUGGAUUGUUGCCUGACUUGGUGACUAUUUCCUUUCAGUAGCAACUGAUUUGUAUCAGUGAGAACAUGUAAACUAUCUACAAACACUUUGUUCAGUUCUCACAUGUAGGAUGUACAAUGACAACAGGCUCUUAAUCCUUGACUGCUCUGCUUCGUACAGAGGAAAUGGCAUAGUUGUUCUGUGAUCAGCUCCUUACUUGCGCUUAAUCUCUCUGCCAGCAGAUGGGGAGAAUUCUCAGUAUUGUAUCUGGUGCCCACUGAAGCUCUGUAAAAUCAGUAAUACAUGUAUGUACGUAAAGCAUGCCUCCUAGCGUGACUAACACCAGCACUGGGCUGGUGUGAGAGCCUUAUUAGCUAUGUAAAAGCUGAAAAAAAAAAAGUUAACUGUAACCUAAUGUAUUUAUCCAUCAUUCUACAACCUGAGAAACACACUUAGUAUUUACUAGAUGCAGAUCUCUAACAUUCAUUAAAACAAAGGUAUAGUGUAUAAUGUACCAGUAUUACUGGUUUUGAUCAUCAAAAACAUAAAUAAGUUGCAAAUUAGCGACUGAGACUACAGAUGCACUCGUGGUACAACCAACAUAGUUUUACUUGUACUUUCACAGAACAUUGUGUCCACAUGGAAUGUCUUUAUUGCAGAUAUAAUAUUGUAAUGCUCUCUGAUGUGCCGCUGUAAUUUUUUUUUGUAAAGCAAUAAAGAGUUGUUUUAGUUUUA